CACCUAUUAACCCAUUUACGCGAGCGUCGAGCCUUCUUCAUCUCGUCUCGUCUUUGCUCAAUUUGGAACUUUUUUUUUUCAAUCUUACAUAUUAGGUUUUGCAUGGGCAUAGCAUGGGGCGGCCAUUGGCGUGCCUGGCCAUUGUUUUUUACUCAUCCACUUAUUACAACUCUCCUCCUUUUCUCGUUGGUCCCUUCAUCCGUCCGUUGUCCACCAAAAACCCAUCCCAUCAUUCUUAACUCUCGCCAAACAUCAGCAUACGAAAGAGGGUUGGAAGACUUGAUAGGAAACAACGAUAAUGAAAUACGCUUAAGCUUUUUUUUUUUAAUCAACAUUUUA